AUGGCCCCCAGUGCUGCAUCGCAAAGCAUAGAACUGUGGGGUGAUAAUGAUGCACCGGAUCAGCCUUUGGACGCACCAAGCAAUGAUGCUCAAGACAUCUUGUUUGAAAUGGAGACAGCAAGAUCACGUUCUGGUUCCAAUUUCAGUAUGCAGAGCAUCAACUUCACCGCGACUGUGCCUCCGUUGACUGCAUCGGCUUUGACAAAGGACUUCAAAACCGAAUACCAGCUGCGAGGUAGACAAAAGGAUAAGUUGGAGACCUGGGAUCAAUUCCAACACCUCUCGCAUGUUCCUCCACCCGUUCUGGGUGAGAAUGAAGAGCCAUGGAAACCCUUCAAAUCUCACAAAAAUGCUGAGUUCACCUUGAUUGCUGUCGAGGCCAAGAUCAGUCAGGCACACAUUGAUCGUCUCCUGGCUCUCCUUAAGAAAACGGCCGUGGGUAACGCAAAUGUUACCUUCCGCAAUGACGCUGAGUUGAGGUCCACAUGUGACUCAGCAGCGGAGGAACUGACUCCUGUUGAGAAGCACGAUAUCAAGUUUGAAUAUAAGAAAGAAGAAAUCCCUGCGAAGAAUGUUUUUUGGAAGCUGACACACGGCUCGGAUCCCCAUGACACCCUCUCUUUUGAUCAACUUCACUUCAAUCAUGGCGGUAUUUUUGGGCGGCACAUCCUGCCAGAACUUCAAAAGAUCCUCAAGCACGUUAGCAAGCAGCGCAAAUCUCCAGGUAUACUAUCACAGUUCAACAAUCAAUUUGCACAAAUGCCACGCUGGAGAGAUCUCAAUCACUUCAGUGGUGCUGUCAACACCUCUUUCAGCGAUGGGAAUAAAUUCCAAGACAUGUUGAAGCAAAUACUAUUUGCAGCUCAAAACAUCCUCAUGCCGGACGAGUCUCCAGUAGGAUACGCCCUUCUCCAGCUAACAGCGAGCUACCUCAAGCUUGACUCGUGGAUCAGCCUCGAUGUCCACACUGAUGCUGCAAUCAAAGCCGGGGAGAUAGAACUUGUAAAAUUUAAUCUACUGCUUGAUCAUUAUAUCAACAUUGCUGAACAGUCAGAUGUACCUGACAUCAAGACGGACUGGGACUUUCCAAAAGCCCAUUAUUUCAAGCACACUUUUGAGGAUAUCCGGAAUAAAGGCACGAGCCGUAACUACAGCACCCAACCAAACAAGGGCAUUCACUCCUAUCUUAAGCAUCAUAUAUGA